GCAUAGCCAUCGGUUACUACAACUAGGCCACGACCAACCGCUCCCGUCGAUCGAUCCGUCAGCUCCAUUACCUGAUUGCCGCCGUCGCCGUCGCCGCCGCCCAACAGCUCAGACUGACCGCUACGUCUCACACUCCUAGCUAAUCGCCUAGCUACGAGCAGGUCGGUUAGAGCUAGCUAGCUGGUGAUCACCACGCACGCCCGCUGCACGUUUUAAGCCGGCCGGGUCGGACACGGCAUGCCCUGCUCCGCUCGCUCGGCAAACGAUGGCUCCAGCUUCCGCCUCUGUCGUCCCGGCCGCCACCUCCAACGCCGGCGCCAAGCGCACCGCCGACGCCCAUGACCCCGACGCUGCUGAGCAUCCACUCCAGCAGGAGGGCGCGGUGACCAAGAAGAACGUCCAGAGCCAGCAGCAGCCGCAGCCGAAGCUGGAGUGCCCGCGUUGCAGCUCCAGCGACACCAAGUUCUGCUACUACAACAACUACAGCACGGCGCAGCCGCGCCACUACUGCCGCACCUGCCGCCGUUACUGGACGCACGGCGGCACCCUGCGCAAGGUCCCCGUCGGUGGCGCGUGCCGACGCGGCUCCGGCAGCAGCAACAAGCGCCGCAGAUCCUCAGCCGAGCCUCACACGCCCUCCUCCGACUCGCCGGCGCCGCAGCCGGAUCUGCAGGAGACGCUCGCCCCGCUCCCGGCCUUCCCGUUCCUCACCGACGGCGGCCCCGUCUUCCUGCCGCAGUUCGACCUCGGGCUCGGCGGGUUUCCGUGGACGACGCCGGCGGCCACGGACAACCUCUACGACGGGCUCGCGCCGUGGGAUGGCUGUCUCGCCCCCACCGGCGCGUCGGAAGACUUCGGCGGCCUCGAGCUCAGCUGGCCGCCGCCACCGCCGCCUGCCGAGAGCUGAUCGGCGUCGUCAUGUCAGUCAGGGUGUCGCCGGCGCGUUCGAGGCUCCUGUUUUGUCAUCGCAGCCUCGAUCGAGGCCAAUAGUGCAAAUUUGCACGGGAAAUUGUACGUCUCCCGUGACCAACUAGACAUCUUUGACCACACUAGUUAAUUGUCUAAUGACCUACCUAGCUCGAUCCAUUUCAAGUUACAUUUGCAUGUAUGGACGUGGCUAGCAAGUGCAUGAGUAUCCAGGCUACUUGUUUCCCUCGUGUCUUGAAAUGUUUUUUUUUUCUAAACGGGUUACUUGAAAUGUUUUGUCCUCUAGGUAAACCUCGCCAAGGGAAGACUAGGAUCAUCUUCAGCCACGACACGUAAAUUCGAACCCUCAAACGUUCCUAACGUGUCCGUUCAGUAAUCAUAUGUGUUUUCUAUUUA